AUGCUUUGCUUCACACUCGCGCUCCUUUUUGUUGCUGGCGCUGCCGCCCUGCCCCUCUCCUCCCUCCCGGAAGAGACUGUCCAGGUCGAAACCAGGGGGCCCCCUGUUUUCGUUGUUGCUGGCUUGGCCGUUACAGUGGCACAGGCUGUUACCGUCUGGGAGGGAGACGACAAGGAGAGUCGUAACCAGUUCACUGCGUCUGUGAUCGACCGUGUCCACGAAAGUUACCCUGACUGCAACGCGUUUAUCUACCACAUUGGGGAAGACACGUUCACCUAUGAAGUCCCUGCCGAUGCUGCCAAAGAAGAAGUCUCCAUUGACCAUGGUGGUUUCCUCGGCUGGUUUGGAGUUCGCGAGCAUUACGAAAUUGUCGUGUUCGAUGGCCCUGGCAAGCUCGAACGCCGCAACUCCGACGGCGGUUACCUGAACUGGGCCUUUGUCGGAUGGUAUGAAGUUGACGACGACAAGCGCGUUGUAACUUUCAGCGCUCCUCCUGACGACGGUGAGGAUGAGGAAAAGUAG